CGCUAGUAAAUAAUCCCAGGCAGCCAAGGAAGAAACUGUCUCCAUUUUGUUGGCAUCGUCCCCGUGGACGCGGUCGCCAUGGGGGGCGUGCUGGGGCUGUGCUCGGUGGCGAGCUGGAUCCCAUGUCUCUGUGGCAGUGCUCCCUGUCUGCUGUGCCGAUGCUGUCCCAGUGGGAACAACUCCACGGUGACUAGGUUGAUCUACGCACUCUUCUUGCUUGUCGGUGUGUGUGUGGCUUGUGUCAUGUUGAUACCAGGAAUGGAAGAACAGCUGAAUAAGAUUCCUGGAUUUUGUGAGAACGAGAAAGGUGUUGUUCCCUGUAGUAUUCUGGUUGGCUACAAAGCUGUGUAUCGCUUGUGCUUUGGCUUGGCCAUGUUCUACCUUCUCCUCUCUCUGCUCAUGAUCAAGGUGAAGAGCAGCAGCGACCCUAGAGCUGCCGUGCAUAAUGGAUUUUGGUUCUUUAAAUUUGCUGCCGCAAUUGCAAUUAUUAUAGGGGCAUUCUUCAUUCCAGAAGGAACAUUUACAACAGUGUGGUUCUACGUGGGCAUGGCAGGGGCCUUCUGCUUCAUCCUCAUCCAGCUGGUCCUGCUGAUUGACUUUGCCCAUUCAUGGAAUGAGUCGUGGGUGGAGAAGAUGGAGGAAGGGAACUCGAGGUGCUGGUAUGCAGCCUUGUUAUCGGCCACAGCUCUGAAUUACCUGCUGUCUUUGGUUGCCGUCAUAUUGUUCUUUGUCUACUACACUCAUCCAGCCAGUUGCUCAGAAAAUAAGGCAUUCAUCAGUGUCAACAUGCUUCUCUGCAUUGGUGCUUCUGUGAUGUCCAUCCUGCCCAGAAUCCAAGAGUCGCAGCCAAGAUCGGGUUUGUUACAGUCUUCAGUAAUUACAGUCUACACAAUGUACCUGACAUGGUCUGCGAUGACCAAUGAGCCAGAAACAAAUUGCAACCCAAGUCUUCUGAGCAUAAUUGGGUUCAACACCACGAGCAGCAGCCCAAAGGAAGGGCAGUCUGUCCAGUGGUGGCAUGCGCAGGGGAUAAUAGGACUCAUCCUCUUUCUUUUGUGUGUCUUUUAUUCCAGCAUCCGCACCUCCAACAACAGUCAGGUUAACAAGCUGACCCUGACGAGCGACGAGUCGACACUGAUAGAAGAUGGGGGAGGCAGGAGUGACGGGUCCCUGGAGGACAGCGACAGUGCUCACCGGGCUGUGGACAACGAGCUGGACGGCGUCACGUACAGCUACUCCUUCUUCCACUUCAUGCUCUUCCUGGCAUCGCUGUACAUUAUGAUGACUCUGACCAACUGGUACAGGUACGAGCCUUCGAGGGAAAUGAAGAGCCAGUGGACAGCCGUGUGGGUGAAAAUCUCCUCCAGCUGGAUCGGCCUGGUGCUGUAUGUGUGGACACUGGUGGCUCCGCUCGUUCUCACAAAUCGUGACUUCGAUUGACGGGGCUUCAGUUCUGCUUUGGUCAUUGCUCAUUGAAAAUUAGCAGUAUUCCCAACUUUUGUAAAGUUGUGUAUGUGUGUGCUUCCUAUGUAACUUCUCCAGUGUUGUUCUGGCAUGAAUUAGAUUUUACUGCCUGCCAUUUUAUUCAUUGUUUUCUUGCCAAGUGCAUUCAUUGUGUGCAGUCAGAGUCCCAGAUGGAGAGUGUGAGUGUGGUGGUGAGCCAGGAGAAGUGGACAUUGGCAGGGGUGGCCUCUGCCCUGUACAUGUGAAGUUAGAAGUACAUAGGAAUUAGAAGUAAAUUAACAGUAAAAACAACUGCCUGAAAGGUUGAUAUUAAAUGUUAGACUAUAAACUCUCUUAGCAUAAAAGUAAAUGUACAGCUGCCUUUUGAAAUAUUUGAUUGUAUUGCCUUACGGAGGACUGCACGGAACAUAACAUGGUUUUGCUAAGAUUAUAUAAACAUGUCACUUAAAUGCAAUAGUCUGGAAAAUGCAAGUUACUCAAAUUUUGUCAGGAUUUCCCUUAAUGUGAAGGUAAGGUGCUUACAUAGGUAGAGUAGUGGGAGGAAGUUUGGGCACAGAGCCUUCAAAGACAGGCAGGUUGUAGUGGGAAUUA